UUUCAGCAGCAAUGAUAGGCUUGUGAUGAUACAAGGAUUGUUUUAGCACAUUGAAAGGAGAACAUGAAAACAGUUGCGAAACUAUUCCUAGUUGGAAUCUCAGCAUGUCUAGUUAUAAUAUAUGUGGUGACAAUGCCAGCUACAGACAGCAUACUCAUCACCCUUAGACCUACUCCUGAGCCCAAAACAGACUUUAUCUUCCCUAACCCUCUAGAUGAUGGGGAUGUUGGUCAUUUAGAUGACAAUCACAUAGCUGUAGAGACUAAGCUUCAAACUGAGGAGGAUAUUUAUCAUGAUCCUUACCUUAAUGUCAAAUAUAGAGUAGACACAUCAGUUGUCGAUAGUUUUAAUGUCAAAGAGUACAUUGACAAUGCAGCUCAUGAUGCUGACCCAAUGAAGCUCAAUUCAUUUGAUCAAAAUCGUAGUGAUAAUAUCGGGGCUUUCCGUUUUAUCUCUGAUUCUCGGCAUUGGACAUGUCUGAACCAUAAAGAAGAUUGGAGUAAUUUACCUGCUACUAGUGUCAUCAUGACAUUUUAUAAUGAGGCUCGAUCUGCUCUGUUGAGAUCAGUUACUUCAGUCUUAAAAAGGACACCUCCCCACUUGUUAGCAGAUAUUAUAUUAGUUGAUGAUUGUAGUGAUGAUCUGGAUCUCGGAAGGUUACUCAGAGGACUUGACCCGAAAAUUAAAGUCUUACGAAACAUUGAACGUCAAGGUUUGGUAAGAUCUCGUAUUUAUGGUGCUCUAAAUGCAGCUGGUCCUAUUCUAACCUUUUUAGACUCUCAUAUUGAAUGUAAUGUGGACUGGAUAGAACCUCUACUUUAUCAGCUGACUCAAAAACCUCGUGGUAUUGUUAGUCCUAUCAUUGAUCCAAUAAAAGCAGAAGAUUUGACGUAUAAAGUGGCAAGCAGCAAUAUUAAAGGUGGUUUUACUUGGGCCCUUCAUUUCACAUGGGUGCAACUUACCGCGAAGGAGAUGGAGGGAAGACAUGAAUCAGAUCCUAUCGUCACACCAAUGAUUGCUGGUGGCCUCUUUUCUAUCGAAAAGGAAUGGUUCUUUGAGUCAGGAGGGUACGACAUGAACAUGGAUAUUUGGGGCGGUGAGAACUUUGAGAUUAGUUUCAAGAACUGGAUGUGUGGGGGUUAUCUGUACAUUCUGCCCUGUUCAAGAGUCGGGCAUAUCUUUAGGAAGAAACAUCCUUAUACCUUCCCUGAUGGUAACGGUAAGACGUACAGUAAGAACACUAAACUAGUAGCUGAGAUCUGGAUGGAUGAUUACAAGGAGUUGUUCUACCACAACAGAGCGAGUGCUAGGUACUCUGAGAUAGGAGAUACCAGCCCCAGACUUGCACUCAGGGAGAAACUCAAGUGCAACAACUUUCAGUGGUACCUGGAUAACAUAUACCCAGAAUUGGAGAUCCCUGAACACAACGAUGUAACGAUUUCCUUCAAUGAUUGGUGCUUGGAUAGUUUCGGAAAGACAGACAACGAGGUUGGACUGUACAAGUGUCACGGUAAAGGUGGCAACCAGAGCUGGCAAAUAAACAAGUCUAAGAACUGGGUUACACAAGAGGAUGUAUGUUUGACGGUUAGAAACAAGAUCCUUGUAAUGCACCGCUGUCAGACCGGAAACAUGCACCAACAGUUCGAGAUGGAUGAGGACUCGAAUACUCUCUACAACUCAUACGGUGACAUUUGUGUUAACGUCCUAAACUUCAAAUCUAGAGUUGUUGGAGUCGGAGCCUGCAAUAAAGAUGGUGUGCUGACCACCAAAUGGAAGAUUGCUAAAGUCUAGACUCUAGCCUCCCUGUAGAAGAACUGUUUUUAUCAGUACUUGUAGUGAAGACUUGAAGUAAGAUGGGUUGCAAUCACUAACUAGUAGCUUAUAGCUAAAUUAAGGUGUAGUUAUUUAUUGUCCAGUAGUAGAGGGUGCUCCGUAGCAAAUAAGCGUGUGUUUAAGGUGAUCAGGUGGUAAGUUCUAGCCAUGAACCAUUCCUGCUUUUGCUUGGUUAAUAUUCGUGUCUUUAUUUACACCUUAUGUAUUUAAUUUAAGCUUAUCGGGACGCUUAUUUAAUGAUAAAUGGGCUAGUCUAAAAGUGUAUUGGUUGAAAAUAUGACAGCUCCUUUUAAAAAUAAAAUCCUGUACCCUUAAAUGUUAACAUCGUAAGUCCGUCACAAUUUUCUAAAAGUGAGCUCAUUAAAGCAAUAAUAAUGCCCUAACCUUGCUUGAAAUACCGUGGAAAAACCAAAAAUCUUGAUCCAAAUCUUUUCCUUGCUUCUAAAGCAAAUGCUCCGGAGUCUGUUAGCUUAGAAUUUUUAAAUUAAGCAUUUUGAAAAAUUUAACAAAUCUCCUUCUCCAAAAUUUUACAGGCUAGCCCUCUCAAAAACACGGUUUAUUGAAGCUGGAUAAAAGCUAUAUAGCUAUAUAAAUAUAUCUAAAUAAUUCGGGUAAAUCAGAUUAAACGUUUUAUAACAUAUUAUUGGUAGGAAGAGUUUUCUCUUUUCGAAGUUUUGAAUGAUUUGAUUUUGUCACUUUCACCCUCACUUCACAUCAUUAAUAUGCACAUUUUACAUUGUAUACAUUAUACAUAUACAUUAUACAAGUUAUAAUCUUAUAAACUCACAGUUUGUAUCAUACUUGUAUCUUAUGUAAUUGUCAAAUGUGUGUUUAUACAUUAUACAAGAGUUUGUACUGUUCACCAUUUAUAAACUCACACAGUAAUUGCUCAUUUUAUUCUUCAUAUAAAUUGCAGAGGUUAUACGGGGUAAUUAAGUAAUUAAGUAA